CGUGCCCCCCACAUUCCCACCCCAAGCCCCGCGAUCUCGUCGUCCGUUGCCAACCAGGAGCCAACGGGCACCCUCCCUCCCCUUCCUUGGUCCUGACCAUUCCCUCCCCACGCGCACGACGCAACCGCAGAGCGCGCGGCCGCGAACGUCGCCAUGACGGAGUCACGCGACCCGCCGUCCGGCUGCGCGAUGUUUGGCAUCUACAGCAGCAUGUUCCGCCGCCGCCGCUCCAACUCCAUGUCCUCCCUCCACCGGAUCAACGGGGCCCCGCCAGCCGCCUCAGACGCCAACGGCGAGGCCGUGGCCGCAGCCGCGCAGGCGAACCCGGCUCAUCGGAAGGCCGCCGUCCACGAGGACUCCUCCCUGGUGCGCCGCUCGAACGCCCUGCCCUUGGCGGCGGCGCCGAACAGCGCCGCCGCCCCCGCCGCACCACCAGCGAGCGAUAAGAUCAGGCAAACAAAGGCGGCGAACGGCGUCGGCGGUACAAAGCCCGCGGUGGAACCGACGGCAGAGUACACCGGCAUGGCUGCGGAGCUCGACAAGAUGAUCCUCGACCACCAAAGGGUCAAGGGCACCACGCAGCUAGUGCGCGCCACCUCCGGCAACAUGAUGCUGCACCGCAACCUCGGCAACCUCAACGCCGGCACGGCCGGCGCAUCAGCGCGCAACUCGGUGGAACGCAACGCGAAGGCCGCGAACGAGCGGAAGGCGCCGAACGGGUACGCGUUCUCGGGCAUGGGGAACAUUGUCAAGGAGGCGAAGCCGGCAGGCGAGCUGUGCCGGGCGCUGUCGCACCGGACGGACCCCGAGAAGCUCAAGGAGAUGGGCAACGAGGAAUACCGUCAGGGGCAUUACGCCGAGGCGGUGGCGCUCUACGACCAGGCUAUCAUGAUGGACGCGAGGCGGCCGGCCUACUGGAGCAACAAGGCGGCCGCGCUCGCUGCGCUCGGGCGGCUCAUCGAGGCUGUCAGCGACUGCAAGGAGGCUGUCGGGAUCGAUCCGUCGUAUGACCGCGCACACCACCGGCUUGGCGGCUUGUACCUCAGAUUAGGAGAACCUGACAAAGCCAUCCACCACUUCAAGCAAUCGCCCAAGGAAUCCACGGGCGCAGACGUUUCGCGCGCGCAGUCGGUCAAGAGCUGCAUCGCCAAGUGCAACGACGCGCGCACGCUAAAGAACUGGAUCACGGUGCUGCAGGAAUCACAGGCCGCCGUGUCCGACGGCGCGGACUGCGCUCCACAGGUGAUGGCGUUGCAAGCCGAGGCGCUGCUGCGGCUUCAACGGCACGACGAAGCGGACGCGGUGUUCGGCGGUGCAGGCGCGCCGAGGUUCGGCGUCGACGAGUCGACCAAGUUUUUGGGCACCACCGGCCACGCCUACGUCCUCGUAGUCCGAGCCCAGGUCGACAUGGCAACAGGAAGGUUCGAGGACGCGGUGGCGACGGCGCAGACGGCGUGCCAGCUGGACCCGAGCAACCGGGAGGUAGCGAACGUGCACCGGAGGGCCAAAGCGGCGGGGGCGGCGCGGCUGCGGGGCAACGACCUCUUCAAGGCCUCCAAGUUCGCCGAGGCGUGCGCCGCGUACGGCGAGGGCCUCGACAGGGAGGCCGGCAACGCCGUGCUGCUCUGCAACCGCGCGGCUUGCCACGCGAAGCUCGGGCGGUACGAGAAGGCCGUCGAGGACUGCAGCGGCGCGCUCGUGGUGCGGCCGGCGUACAGCAAGGCGCGGCUCAGGAGGGCCGACUGCAACGUCAAGCUGGAGAGGUGGGAAGCGUCGAUGAGAGAUUACCAGGUGCUGAUCCAAGAACUCCCGGAGAAUGAGGACGUGAAGAGGGCUCUAUCUGAGGUCCAAGCCAAGCUCAAGUGCCAAAGGAAUGGGGGCGCUGCAAGCAGAUCUCAGCACUGACAUCACGUGUCUUUAUUCUGUGGUCGGCCGGAGAAAUCAACCGCAUGUUCCUAAGAAGACAAGGAUUUUGAUAAAACAAGUCUGCACGCGCCUGUUACAUAAUUUGCUGAGUAAAUUUCCGCAAAACUACAUAUAUUAUGAUAAUAUUAUCAUAAAACUACAUAUUUAAA